AUGAAGAUAAACGCAAUCUCUCUCGCGGUGCUGUGCCUUACCUGGCACGCCUCAGCCUUCCCCCAACUUCUCCAACGCCAGUCAUCUCAAACAUCCAUUGCCCCUUCUCAAACCACUCUCACUCCAACACAAACCGCCGAGCUCUCCAACAUCGGCCAGGGCGCCGUGAAAGCUCUCAGCCAAACCCCUGUCGCUACCCCUGGCUUCAACGCAGCCUUGCAACGGAUCGACGUGAGCGGCGUCCACGCAUGGCGAGCACCCGGACCGAAUGACCAGCGCGGUCCAUGUCCUGGUCUUAACGCCCUCGCCAACCACGGCUACCUCCCCCGCAACGGUGUCGGCUCCAUCCUAGACUUCAUCACAGCAACCAACACCGUCUACGGCAUGGGUCUCGACCUAUCCGUCAUCCUCGCGGCAUACGGUGCCGUCUUCGAUGGGGCUCUCCCGCUGGGCUGGAGUAUCGGGGGCGGAGUACAUACAGGGAUAGGAGGGAGCCAUGGACACUACGAGACGGAUAAUUCGCCUAUGAGGGCGGAUUUGAACCAGUAUGGGUCGAAUACGAGGUUGGUGUUGGGGCAGUUUCAGGAGUUCUUCGAUCUUCAGCCGGAUGCCGCGACGGCGAAUUACGAUAUCGAUGUUCUUUCCCAGUUCAGGGGGAUACGCUUCAAUGAAAGUAUUGCGAAGAAUCCUUACUUCUAUUAUGGCCCAUUCGCCGGAACGACAGUCUCCCAAGCGGCCUUCUCCUUCAUCUACCGCUUCAUGGCAAACCACACAGAAGCCAACCCAGCAGGAAUUCUGAACCAAGACGUUCUCAAAUCCUUCUUCGCCGUCUCCGGUGACGACGGUGACUUCACCUGGAACCCGGGUCAUGAGAGGAUCCCAGAUAACUGGUAUCGCCGCGCCAUCGGCGACGAAUACACUCUCGACGGCCUCGGAUCGGACACAACCACCUUCGCCUCACGGACCCCCCGAAUCAACACGCCUGGCUGCAACACAGGCACAGUCAACUCCUUCGUCGCAAUCGACACGUCCUACGCGGACUACGACUUCAGCACGCCCACACAAGGCGUCUGCUUCGCUCUGGCGGAAGUUUUAAGUGUGGCGGAGAUGUUGCCGGUGGUGGGGAUCGUGGUUGAUCUACUGGUGCUGCCCGUGCAGAAUGCGCUGGAUUGCAGGACUGUGCCGGCGAGGAAUGAUUCUGUGAAGGAUGUUUGUCCCGGGUAUAGUUUUUAUGGAGGGCCUACGGGGAUGGUGGCGCCUGGGGCGGGGCAGGAUUAG